CACAGAUGAUGUUACGAGUAUCAAAUUUGAUCUUUGGAACUUCACACAAACAUAUUGAAUAAAAAUAAAAGUAAAGGAAGUAACAACUUUUUAAUGUAUUAAUUAAAAAUAUUUCAACUGUAUUUAAUCUUCACAAUGAACUGCUUGAGAACUUUAGGUUUUAGGACAGCUAACAAAUUACAUGACAGAAGAUGGAUCACUUCAAUAUCAAGUCUCCCUGAAACUCAUCGUAUGCUCCAAAAAACUGUCAGAGAUUUUGCGGAAGCUGAGUUGAAACCAAUAGCAGGACAGCUUGAUAAAGAGCACAAGUAUCCAGCUGAUCAAAUAAAAAAAAUGGGAGAGCUAGGACUGAUGUCAAUUGCAACUCCAGAGUCUCUUGGUGGGACUGGCUUGGAUUACAUGGCGUACGUAAUCGCGAUGGAAGAAAUUUCUCGGGGAUGUGCUAGCGCGGGUGUAAUAAUGAGCGUGAACAAUUCUUUGUACUUGGGUCCAAUCGAGAAGUUUGGUACCCAGGAGCAGAAAGAAAAAUACAUAGUACCCUUUACAGACGGCUCAAAGGUUGGCUGUUUUGCAUUGAGUGAACCGGGGAACGGGUCUGAUGCGGGCGCAGCUUCGACGAUGGCCAAAAAGGAACCCGAUGGCUAUCGAAUUAGCGGAACCAAGUGCUGGAUUACUAACGCCAAUGAAGCAGAAGGUAUAGUACUGUUCGCCACGACGGAUAAGUCCAAGAAGCACAAAGGAAUCAGCGCGAUACUGGUCGACAGGCCGUCGAAAGGUUUGGAGAUCGGCAAGAAAGAAGACAAGCUAGGCAUCCGUGCUAGCAGUACUUGCUCGCUGAUGUUCGAGGACUGUCUGGUUCCAGAAAAAAACAUUCUUGGCGAGCCCGGAAUGGGCUUUAAAAUUGCCAUGAUGACCCUCGAUGCGGGAAGAAUCGGCAUUGCCAGCCAAGCACUUGGUAUCGCUCAAGCCUCGCUUGAGUGUGCUAUCGAUUACGCCAGCAAGCGUAUGGCGUUUGGGAAGUCCAUCAUGAAGCUACAGGCAAUUCAGCAGAAAAUUGCAGACAUGGCGCUGAGACUCGAAAGUGCGAGAUUGUUGACUUGGAGAUCCGCUUAUUUAAAAGAUACUGGGAAACCUUUUACCAAAGAAGCCGCAAUGGCGAAACUUGCGGCUUCCGAAGCUGCUACUUACUGCUCUCAUCAGUGCAUCCAAAUCCUCGGUGGAAUGGGAUACGUCUCAGAUAUGCCGGCUGAGCGUCAUUACAGAGACGCUAGGAUUACUGAGAUUUAUGAAGGCACUUCUGAGAUCCAGAGACUCGUUAUUGCUGGUAAUAUUGCUAAGGAAUACGGUGUCUCAGGUUGAUUUUUUUUUUGCUUUUUUUAAUAAUAACGAAAUUGAUCUUGAAAUUUUGAUAAGGUUGCGUCAAAAAAUUAAAUUAUUUAUUUGAAAUUUAUUGAUGAAUUAUAUCAACAAAAAUUUGUACCUGGUGAGCAUAAAUUUUUUUAUAUUAGUUUUUAUUUAUUGAUAAAUUUAUUGAAUCGUUAUAUUUUGAGAAAUUUUUUAUUAAUUAUUUUCGAUUAAGUAAAUAUUGAAAAAAUUUUAAGAUUAUAAUUUAAUAUUUUUAACAGAACCUUGUCCCAAUUCUUCGAACUUGACAUUUCAAGUCAUGGACGCGAUUUAACAAUAACAUGGAAUUAUAAUCUUUGAUAUUAUAUUUAAAUGUAAUUUUAAGAGCCAAAAAUAUUUUUUAUACUUAUAUUGAAAAAAAAAAAAAUUAAGUGUAAUUGAUCAAUGCAAUAUUUUAUAUAAA